UCCGGGUUGAGAGGACUAGUUGCAACCGGGUCGACUCUGCCUGCGUGUGUCACAAGAGAGGCUGCGAGCGAAGAGGCGGACGGCGAGAAGGCUUCCAGGACUAUUUACUGUUAUCCUGCCCAGUGAUAUGGCUUAUUACCAGCAACAGACCCACAACCGGCCGCCGGGUAACAACAUGCAGGACCAGUCGUUCCUGUGGAACGUCUUCCAGAGAGUGGACAGGGACAGAAGUGGGGUUAUAUCUGACUCUGAACUUCAGCAAGCCUUGUCAAACGGUACAUGGACUCCUUUCAACCCAGCGACUGUGUCUGCGAUAAUCUCCAUGUUUGACAGGGAGCAGAAAGGUGGGGUGAACUUCCAAGAGUUUUCCGGAGUAUGGAAAUACAUCACAGACUGGCAGAACAUCUUUCGAACCUAUGACCGAGACAAUUCUGGGAUGAUCGACAAAAAUGAACUAAAGCAGGCUUUAACAGGUUUUGGUUACCGUCUUACUGAUCAGUUCUAUGAUAUCCUCAUCCGUAAAUUCGACAGGCAAAGGAGAGGACAAGUUGCUUUUGACGACUUCAUUCAGUGCUGCAUUGUCUUACAGAGGCUGACAGAUGUUUUCCGAAGAUAUGAUACAGACCAUGAUGGCUGGAUUCAGAUUUCUUAUGAACAGUAUCUUUCCAUGGUCUUCAGUGUAGUAUGAUGUAAGAGGCAUUCAGACCAAUGCCUGUGGAGAAUGGACUUGCCAAAUCCCCUCCUUUUGUUAAUAUACCAUUAAACUACCGUUAUAGUACCAACUGGCUUUUUUAAAUAAUCCAUUAUCCAGCAAGUUUUGUUAUUGUAUAUUAGGAAGAACUUCUUUUUUACCUUAUAUUAAUAACAUAUCUAGCCAUAUUUUUAUUAGCAGUGCUAAGACGUGCCAGGAAAAGGUUUUUUAUAGGCAUUUUUGUUUAACUUAAGUACUCUGUGCCAUGUAAUAUAAAUAUUUUGCUUUCUUUGCCCUUGAGGACAGCUGAUACACUUUUCCAAAUGGAAAUCUAAUGCAUGGUAUAAUGGCUGUUCAUACAUUUAUAACUUAAAUAUAACCCAAAAGCUAAUACUAACACGCUCUCUUGCUUCAAAUUUAGUUAUGUCUACCUUUAAGUUGUUCUUCGUGAUCAUUCUGUUUAAGUAGUGCCAACAUAACUUCCUUGUUUCAUUAGUCAGACAGGUGUUCUCCACAUUAUAGAGGUUUACUUUCUGAUGACAUAUAAGCCAUAGGUCAUUCUUGGUUCCUGACAUAACUGUGUUUAAUAUAAAGUUAUGGCCGUAAGCAAAUGGACGGAUUCCACAUGCACUGGAACACCACGCGAUAUUUUUGUGUUCUGUGGACGGUAAUACUAGCACAGAAUUGUCCUAAUAAGGAAAAGCACAGAUGCAUCUUUGAUACAUACUUUGCAUGGUCUUAAGUGCCAACGGGGCAUUUGCAGUGCAUGUUUCUCUUUUAAAUGUUGCAUUUACUAGCCAAAUGCUCUAUGUCCUGUCUUUAAAAAUCACAUUGCAGUCUGGUCAGUUGUCUGUCCGCUGUGGAGACCCAUUAUAUGGCUUGUUAAUUGGGGUUAUUUCAGUUAGGGAAUUGGAUAGUCAUCCCAUAGCUGCACAAAAGCCCAUGAAGAGUUGCUGGAAAAAAUAUUCUUGUUUUGUAUAGCAGGCAAACAAUGCAUUCCAGCCUUCAAGAAUAGCUAUUGCUCGGUGUCGGAGGAGUAACCUGGUUUACAGGAUGUCAUCCUUAAUGCUAUAAGGCACUUUUCUUAAAUUGUCUUAACCCCACAACAAAAGUGAAAUGGUGUUAAGAUAUGAAACGUUAACUCACUUGCUGUGUUAAUGGCUUUUUUACGGAAUGAUCGACACUACACAGUCACUGUUCAGGGACAGAACAGCAUGGUUGCAUGUUUUGUGUAUACAAUCCUGUCUGUGUGCAAGCCGUGAUCUGAGUAAACCAAACUUUAUAAAUAUGGAAACUGUAAAAAAUGAUCAGAUACAUGCUCAAUAAAACCAGUUUACUAAAUAA